ACCAACUUAACCAUUCCCACUAAGCAUUUAUUCAUGUAACUUAAGAGCAACACUCGUAUUUCCAGUUCAACACAACCCAUUAAUCAAAAUUUCAUAAGUAACCACAUUAGGCCAACAACCGAACAAACCCAUUUUCUUAAACAACCCAACAGCCUCACCAAUUUUAUCAUCCACACACAAACCCUUAAUCAUAGAACUAAAAGUCACAGCAUUUGGCCUAAAACCCCUCCCAAAAACUAAAAGACCAUCACUAGCCCUCUUUACAUUACAAAAACAAUUAAUCAAAGUAUUCAAUGUAAUAAAAUCUGUCAAAAACUCAACUGAGUCCAUUCUUUACAAAAUGAAAUGACAUCAAAGUAAAAAAAAAAAUACCAAGUGAACCUACCAAAAGAUUGAAUGAUGACAUUGAAGAAGUGGGGUGCGUGUUAAUCAUGUGAUCAAAAAAGUUAACUGCUUCAUUGAGAGUGAACUUACCUGACUUGCAGUUUUUCUUGAGGAGUUUUUGAAGUGGGGUAUUGUUUUUGAGUGUUAAAGAUUGCAACUUUUGGCAAAGUUUUGGAGUAUGAAGCGAGUUCUUCAUUUGAUUUUUGGGAUUUGAAGAAGUGGGUUUUUGUGGGUUACUGAAGAAGAGGGAUAAGAGUUUGCCUAUUGAAGAAGCAUUUGGUCUUGAUGAUGAUACAUAAGCAACAGAAGGUGAAGAAGAGGGUAGGGCUUUGAGAACCAUUUGGAAGGGGUUUUGUUUGCUUUUUUGGGAUUUGUAGAGCCGGGAAAAUUGAAUAUGAAAAUUAAUUCACGAGGAAUUUAGAUCCGAGUACCCAAACGGGCAAAACCCGGAUUUUAAAGCUAAAUUCGGAUUGUAGAUACUUCUCUCCUGUAGACAUAGAAGCCUGUUACAUGUGUCACCACUUGAUUUUAUUGUGAUGGAAAUUCAGGGAGCCUUCCUUCGUCGCUUUUAUCGGUGUCUUCAAAGGAAAAGCAAUGCAAAUAACGUUGUUUCAUGUUUUCACAACACGAAACCAAACAGAAAAUUCUCUUCCCUGGAGUUCUAAAACAUGCCGAAAGAUUACACCAGCAAACAAACCUACCUUAUCAUGGCGGCCUCUUCAAUAGGCUUGAUCUUAGCGGCUGUUCAUUAUCGUCUCUGGAAGUCGAGGGAUCGAAAGAUCAUCCCACGCCUAAGACCAUCAGAAGCUGGCCGUGCCGAGAAGCUUGAGAGCUUCCCCCAUUAUGUAGCAAGGCAAAUGGGGUUUGCAGAUAGGAGAGAAUGCCCGCGUCUAUGCAGGUUGGCUGCUGAAUACAUCCGAAAAUGUGAAGGGUGUGAGGAGGACAUUUAUGCAUUCUUUGCUCAAGAACCUGAUGCCGAUUCACUCUAUGUAACGCUAGUAGAGGAGUUUGAGCGGUGCAUUCUUAGUUAUUUUGCAUUUCAUUGGAGCCAUGCUGAUCUUUUGAUUAGUCAGGUUUUGAGUUCUGAUCCGGAGCCCAAAAGGAAGCUCAAACAAAUUGUCAUGGCUGCAACUCGGGAACAGACGUUUGAGAGGGUGACAAAAGAUCUAAAGGUUGCUAGGGUGUUCAGUACAUUGCUGGAGGAAAUGAAAGCUAUGAGACUUGCAUCAAAUGAUGACUCGCAAUGUACAGAGGUGAUGGCCCCAGUGGCCCACAGUGAUAGAAGUCCAGUCCUCCUCUUCAUGGGUGGUGGCAUGGGAGCUGGGAAGAGCACGGUGCUCAAGGACAUUCUCAACGAGCCAUUCUGGGCAGGAGCAGCAGGGAAUGCAGUGGUUAUCGAGGCCGAUGCCUUCAAAGAAUCAGAUGUCAUUUACAGAGCCCUGAGCUCUCGAGGACAUGUUGACAUGAUCCAUACGGCUGAACUGGUGCACCGGUCGUCUACAGAUGCAGCAUCUUCUCUCCUGGUGACAGCAUUGAAUGAUGGGCGGGAUGUAAUUAUGGAUGGCACUCUCUCGUGGGUACCAUUUGUUGUGCAGACAGUAACAAUGGCCCGAAAUGUCCACCGCCGACGUUAUCGCAUGGGAGCUGGUUAUAAGGUCGGUAAAGAUGGGGCUGUAACUGAGGACUACUGGGAGCAAAUUGAUGAAGAACAAUCACUACAAGAAGGAUCCAAAAAAAGAAAACCAUACAGGAUAGAGCUGGUCGGGGUGGUUUGCGAUGCUUAUUUAGCUGUUGUCAGAGGUAUAAGGAGAGCUAUAAUGUGUAGAAGAGCUGUUAGGGUGCAAUCACAACUGAAAUCCCACAAGAGAUUUGCAAAUGCAUUUCUAACAUUCUGCCAUCUGGUUGACAAUGCCAGGCUUUAUUGCACCAAUGCCCUGGAAGGUCCACCUAAGUUGAUAGGAUGGAAAGACAAGGACAAGACUCUGCUGGUUGAUCCAGAUGAAAUAGACUGUUUAAAAAGAGUGGGCAGCUUGAACGAGGAAGCAGAAUCUAUUUAUGAACUUUACAAGCACCCUAAUCCAGCUUGUGAAGAUGGUUCGAUUUGGAAAGACAUUGUAUUAUCACCAUCAAGGUUAAACAUUCAAAAGGAGUUAAAGUAUUCUAUCCAGAAAGUUGAAAGACAAUGACAAGUUCAAAGUAGAGGGAAGAUGAAGUUCCAAGCUUCUUAAAAAUUCAAGGGCCCAAAGAUUGAAGCUGAUGAGAGUCUAAAUUUUUGCAUGUUUACAGCUGAGGAAAGUAUAACACGGGUUUACUUAAAUAUGACUGGGCUAAUAUGAAGAAAUUCGUUCAUUUUUUAUUUUUUAUUUUUUUUGUGGCUAAGCUUAGAAUUCUAUUGCUAGGAAAGCACAGGUCAAAACACAGAAAAUGAAGAUACAUCAAUAUUUUUACUGGUGUUAAAGGAUGUAUCAGAUGAUUAAUUACACGAGAUCUUCUGUACUGGAAGUCGGACACUUGUAGCUCUUGAAUUACCUUCCACCAAGAAUCUAAAUGAUAAUUUCAUGAAUGAAGAUUUUUUGAUGCA